AUGCCCAUGGUGUGGCGCGAGGAGAAGCAACGCGAUAGCUCGGCCACGGUCGGCACGGAUACUGAUAUCUUUGCGACCAAUGAAUUCUUAGGUUUCGACGGUGACGAACAUAUUGCGACCGCCGGGGAGGAGUGCGAGGGCCAGUGCUUGGCUUACUUGGCAGCGCGAGGGCCAGUUGCGAAUGCCUGCUGCCGAUGGAGGCCAUCGCAAGCUGGAGCGCACAAGGACGCUUUUUGCAUCUUUGCGAGCAGUGCCCUCAAAAGUGGCUUCCCGUGGCACGCCGCCACCGCCACUUGCGCGGCGACGACGUCCAGCCCGACGCCGAGCCCGACGCCCAGUCCGACUCCCGUUCCGUCGCCCAGUCCGAUUUCCGAUCCGUCGCCAGCGGCGCCGGCCGCGUCCACGGCAGCCUUCUCCCAGGGAGGCGUCGCGGCCGUGGGCGAUCUUCGCAUGGUGAACAUCCACGGCCACCGCUUCGACCUCAUGCGGCCCAAGAGGCGCGCCCUGCUCCGGGCCCCGGCUGGCGCAGUCGCGCGGCGCGCGCGGCAGACGCAGGGCAUGUGGGCAAGGCGUGCGCGGACGUGUAUUUCCAGAGUAUCAAUGCCUCUGGGUGAUGGGCAGAGGCCGCGUGGGUCGGCGGUUUCCACUUUCGCGCAGGCGGCGUCAGGGAGCAGCUGA